UUUUUCAUUCCAGGUGAAGCUUUUUCUUCCACGAUGGCAUCGAGGCUCGUUCCAAAAGUGAAUUCCAAGCAGGGAGGAUCUCCAUGCAAGGAGAAACACGUGGUUCUGCUCAGCCCCGUGGGAAGGAUCGAGAUAUCGGGGUGUGAAAUGGGUGUACAUGAAAUAAAACUUCCCAAAAUGAGCGUGCUGCCAGCUGGCAGGGCAGAGAGCUCGGUGAGCUGCGAGGAGAGCCAGGGGGACAAGGAGAUGCCAGAGCCACUGCAGCAGUGCACAGCCUGGCUGAGAGCCUACUUCUGUGAGCCAGGGGGCACAGAGAGGCUGCCUGUGCCAGCCCUGCACCACCCCCUGCUGCUGAGAGAUUCCUUCACCAGGCAGGUGCUGUGGACGCUGCUGAACGAUGUGAAGUUUGGGGAGGCUGUUUCCUACAAGCAGCUGGCAGAUCUGGCUGGCAACAGCCGCGCAGCCAGAGCCGUGGGGGGAGCCAUGAGGAGCAACCCGAUCCCCAUCAUCAUCCCGUGCCACAGGGUGAUCCGUAGCAGUGGGGACAGUGGCAACUACGGGGGGGGACAGCUGCUGAAGGAGUGGCUGCUGUCCCACGAGAAGCUGCAGAAGGAGAAGCUGCAGGAGGAGAAGCUGGCACGUCCCUAACCAGCCACGCAACCUCGGCUCGUAGCAAAGCUCUCAGAGCACCCAGCAGAAUUCAGGAAAAAAAAAUGGUAAAUAUUUGAGUGACACAGAAAUAUAAUGCAGCAUCCAAAGUGAAAUGUGUGGUGGCACCACUAUAUUAAAGAAGCAGGAUGUGUCCUGGGGGAGGCAGCUCGGCUGCCCUUUCUUGUUUUUACAUUUUACAGCAGAAUGACUGCAGCGAUCCAGGCCUGUUGUGCAUGGAUUUUGUUCCCAUCUCCAGCCCUGUUUUGUUCUAUUUUUAAUGUCCAUUAAAGCAGGGAUAAGGGAGUGGGAGGGACGUGGCAAAUGGGAGGUGGAAGCUUCCCCCUGAGGAGGCGUCUGGCCCAGCCUGGCACACCAGGCUCUGCCCGCCCCUGCCCAGCUCCCCCUCCCCUCUCUGGGGCAGGAAAUGCUGUUGUACCUGAACAGGAGUGAAGGGAGCACAGGGACAUCUGUGCAAAAAGCUCCUGCCUUUUCUCUUUGGACGGGAAGAUAGAAUUAUUU